CCAGCUAUUACCGAACGAUGUCGGCCGCGAUAUCUCUCGCAGUUGUAAUCGAAUCGCGAGAUGUCGUAUUGUCGCGGUGAAUCUGUCGCGGGUGUAUUUAUGACAAUGUAAGAUUAUUCCUUUCCUGCACGUAAGCGCUGAUCGAUGCGGUGCGUCCGUAUUGCGUCAGGCUCCGGAGAGCCUGUAUCGAGAUUUCGCGACACGUUUACGAUGUAGACGUACGUGAGUACAAAUCGUGAACGAGAAGCUGUGCGACGAGAAGACAGACCGCGGAAGCCAUACUCUGUCUCUUUCUUUUUCUCUCACCCAGCUCUCUUUCACUAUCUAUCCAAUUACCUAACUGUCCAUCCACCUAAACCCACCUACUUCCACCAACCAACCUACCUACUUACCUACCUGCCUACCUACCUACUUAUCCACCUGUCUACCUAUCCCCUAUCUGCCUACCAAUCUACCCCCGAUUCGUUUUACUCCUUCCUUUCUUCACCUGUUUCUUUCCUUUUUUUCCCCUGUAACUCCAGUCUCCUGCUUCAUUUCGCUACGCUCAAACCGGUGUUUUCUUCUUUUGUGCGUUGUUUCGUGUAACCACCGCCGACGUGAACGGAUUAUAUCCAAAGUACUAGUGACAGUGACGGUUGCAUGUAGUUAAGACAAACGGUAACGUCAACGAUGUUGAUUAUAUAGUUCCGGCAGGAGACAAGGUUUUAUCCAGCCUCAGUUACGGAAAAUUCAGGAAGUACUUCAACGAGAUCAGAGAGACUCCAAGAUCCUCCCAAAUAUGCCGAUGGAAUUUUUGGAACGAUUUCCGAUCCCCAGCCUACGAAUGUACACCACCAUAAGCUUCGCCGUACUCUCCUGCUCCAUAUACUAUGCCGUACAGAUAAUCAAGGAUCCCGCUUGGAGGACAAAUCACAUAUAUAUCGACGUAGGUGUUAACACUAUCACCCGAGAUGACGCGGCCGAUCCAAGGAGCUUCGGCACAUAUCUGAAAGAACUCCUAGAAUGUAUGAUAGAUGAACCUGUCUGUAUAUGGACUUUGAUCAAUAUGGUUCAUUGUGUAUUGAAUCUCCUUUCUAAGUUCAUUCAGAAACUGGUAUUUGGAGAGCUACGUGUCUCAGAGAGACAACAUCUGAAGGACAAAUUCUGGAAUUUUAUCUUUUAUAAAUUCAUCUUUGUUUUUGGCGUUUUGAACGUCCAAUAUAUGGACGAGGUUUUGCUUUGGUGGGCAUGGUUCACAGCACUUGGCUUCCUGAACCUUUUCAGCCAAUUAUGCAAGGAUCGAUUCGAAUAUCUAUCUUUCUCACCCACUACACCGGGAUGGAGUCACGCGCGUCUUCUUGGCUUACUGGCGGCGAUUUUUGCGCUAUCUUCCUUCAUGUUUCUAUUUUGCAUCGCCGCAGCCUUUUUCUUCAUUUCCUUCAACACCUUCGUUUUCAUGGUAUCUGAGUACAUUCUGCUGACAGUGCGUACUGCACACGUGAUAAUACGCUAUAUGAUUCAUCUGUAUGACACACGUGGUGCCGGCACAUCGACGCAGCGUUCCUGGGACAAACGCGGUCCCUUGACCUAUUACACGGAACUGAUUUCGGAAUUAACCGUAUUGGCAGUUGACUCUCUUCAUCAUGUUCACAUGCUCUUGUGGAGCAAUAUUUUCCUGAGCAUGGCGUCAUUAGUGAUCUGCAUGCAAUUGAGAUAUCUGUUCUACGAGAUACAGCGUAGGAUCACCAAACAUAGGAACUACCUGGCCGUGUUAAAUCACAUGGAGCAGAAUUACCCCAUGGCGUCGCAGGAUGAGUUAGUGGACAAUUCUGACUAUUGCGCGAUAUGUUGGGAAAAAAUGGACAGUGCACGUAAGCUACCCUGCACUCAUCUGUUCCAUAAUUCAUGUUUACAGUCUUGGCUAGAACAGGACACAUCGUGUCCCACUUGUCGAUUACCUUUGAGUAUGCAAGCGAAUCACCGAGAGAACUCUCUGGAGAUGCCACCAGAAUCGCAGGCACUCGCAAGAAGAAACGACAAUCACUUCUUUCACUUUGACGGAUCGAGAUAUGUGUCUUGGUUGCCGAGCUUCUCUGUUGAGGUCUCGCAUAGCAGAUUGCGCAGCAACAUCUCUUCAUUGACACACACUAACUCUCAAAUGGAUGCUAUGGCGAGACAGGUGCAACAACUUUUCCCUCAUUAUCCUGGCAACGUGAUCCUAGAGGAUCUUAGAAUGACUCGGUCGAUCGAGUGGACAGUUGAAAAUAUAUUAGAUGGGAUAUUAACUGUACCACAUCAUUUAAUCGAGGAACCACAAGCGGAAUCCGUCCUAGCGCAAAUGACUAUAAGCAUCAUGCCCAGUUCUUCAAUCCAAAAUUCGUCAGACCCUAGACUCGAUAUUCCAUUUGCUGACAGUGGAGAGGAACUUUCGAGUCUCGGUGGACGCUUCUCGAAGUCAUCCGCUGAGAGAGAAGUUAUACUUCAACGACGUAAAGAGCAUAUGCAAUUGACAGCGCGCAGAAGAUAUUUAGAGAAGCAUCGAAAAUCCGAGAACGACGAGGCUGUAAACAGCUCGAAAAUGGUAAUAAAUCGAAGUUAAAAUUUGAGAGAUUAGGUGUAUGUGACAAUUUUACUAAGAGAAUAUCAAGGGGUUGUGAACAAGACGAGACGAGAUGUACUCACGAACGGCAGUUAGCAUUGAACCAACCACUCGAUGGCAUUGAAUAAGUAAUAGCAGUGACAGCUACGAGUCGAUUAAAUUGUAGUGGAGGAUGGAAAGUUAGUAUUUUUACGUAAUUUUACUUAAAUAUACCGGAGAUAAAACUCACGUGUAAUAACGUGUAAUAUAUAUGUGUUUCAGGAAAAUAAAUUAUUUGAAUUGUUAUUACAGUUAUACAGUUCAACUUUGUUAGAUUUCGAUCGAAAUUUACAAAUUAUAUCGUUCGAGUUUUCAACGAGCUAAAACUUUUUCCUUUGGAACAUUUUGCAAUUACAUGGAAAUAGUUUUCCUCGUAAAUAUAUGCGCUUGAUUAAAAAAAAUAUCGAAGUACGAAAAUAAUUCAUAUUAUACUUAUUGCUUCCUUUUUAUAAAUUAAUUGCAUAUACUUAUCUAUUAUUCUAUUUCAAUAAUAUAUAAACUGAAAGCAGAGGAUCACUCUUGAGUGGAUAAAACGCUUAUAAGAGAGAAAAAAGAGAGAGAAAAAUGUUAUAAAAAGAAUUAAUAUUUUCGUAUUAAAUCUCUUCUUAUAUAACAUCUUACAUAUAAUUUGUCGAACAAACGUAAAACAUUUGUAAAUAAAUUGGAAGUUUGCUUACAAUAA